AUGCGUUUCUCCAUCACUGCUGUUCUGGCCCUGGCUGCCGGUGCCAUCGCUACUGAGGCCGUCACCGAGACUGUCACCAAGUACACCACUUACUGCCCUGAGGCUACCUCCAUUGUCCACAGCGGUACCACCUACAGCAUCUCCACCCCUGGCCACCUCACCAUGUCCGGCGGUUCCUACACUGUCACUCGUCCUCUGAUCACCUCCACCGUGACCGAGUGCAAGAAGUGCUCUUCUACCCCUCUGCCCUCCAGCUCCGCCGUCUCCGUCUCCCCCAGCUCCUCCGCCGUCCUGACCUCCACCCCCUACGUCCCCAGCGGUGCCGCCGCUACCGGUGUCCCCGGUACCUCUGCCGGCACUGGCGCUGGCUCCGCUGGCUCCUCCGCCAGCGGUGCCUCCGCCGCUAGCACCUCCCAGCCCGCCUACAACGCCGGUUCCGCCAACGUUGCCGGCGCUGGUGUCGGUCUCGCUGCCGUCUUCGGUGCCGUCGCUCUCCUCCUGUAA